ACUAUUUAAACCUAUAGAGCAUUGCCUCACUUCAUGAUAAUCUGUUAAUUAACCAGUUGCUAAAAACAAUGAGCUACAGAAUUGCUAGAUCUACUUUGGCAUUGACAAUAAUCAUCACAUUUGCAACAUCUUGUGAUGCCCAAAUUACAGAUGUAACGUCAUCAAGUGCUGGCAAAAAAUUUGUUGUCGGUUUCCCAAGAAAUGCUGGUCAAGAAAGUCCAGGAGAAGAGUUGUUUUUGUUUAUCACGAACCCAGAGUCAAGUGCUGUUAAUUUCACAAUCGCUCCAAUCAAUAUCAGUGGGAACGUUUCUACCUCUUCAACUAGGGCAAAUAUUCCAUCCAGUUUUGAGGUUUUUUCUGUUAAUGAAAGGAACAAGGGGAUUCUUGUUGAAGCCGACGGAAACAUCAAUGUGUAUGGGCUGUCUUUCCAUCAACAUACUACAGAUGCUUAUUUAGCGUUACCAUGUUCUAAAAUGGCAGUUGAUGAAUACGAAUAUUAUGGAAUCUCCUAUGACACCAUUAGUAGCCGUCCUAGUGUGAUUUUGUUGGUGGCUUGUGAAAAUGAAACUGUUGUCAAAUUCGAUUCCUCAACAAUAAUACUAAAUAGUAUGGAAACAUAUCAGAUUGAAAGUGAUAACGAUCUCACAGGAACAAGAAUAACUAGCUCCAAACCUUUGUCUGUGUUUAGCGGAUCUGAUUGUGCUAAUGUUCCUCAAGGUGUAAGGGCUUGUGACCACCUGGUUGAACAAGUGCCUCCGACUGUGACAUGGGGCUCAAAAUUCCUCGUGGCAUCUCUCGAGGGAAGAUUUUCUGGUGAACGUAUUCGUGUUCUUAGUGCCCGAGCAGCAACUGUAUCUGUGAACUGCAACACUGUUGUAUCAGUCAGUGAAUUCCAGUUGCAGAGUGGGGGGAGCUUCAGAGAAUUUGAAAUCCUUAUUAACAGUUUCUGUAGCAUUGAAUCCACUUCUCCAGUACUGGUCGCACAGUAUGCGUAUGGUGAGCGCAGCGAUGGCAUGGGAGGCCCAUUCAUGAUGAUAAUCACUCCAAUUGAGCAGUUUACAAAUAAUUAUUUUGGCGAAGCUGUCCCUCUUUUCUUAUCUAACUAUGUCACAGUGUAUGUUUCUUCUGAGUUUUUUCAAACUGCGCAAAUAGUGUUAGACAAUUCCAUUGUUACUGGUUGGAGGAAUGUUGUCUGUUCAAGUGGAGAGAUUUGUGGCCACAUAAGUAGAACGAGUGUGUCUACUGGAGCACAUUCUAUCAGCCAUCAAAACAGCUCAGCUGUUCUAGGUGUUUCAGUGUAUGGAUUCGGCUCUUCCAGUUCUUAUGGUUACCCUGGAGGCAUGAGAUUAUCUCCCAUACAAUGCAACUGUGGUCAAAAUUCUAUUUGUUUAAAUAACAUGGGACAGUUCAACUGUAGCUGCUUGAAUGGAUUUGUGGCUUCAUUGUCUGAAACGGAUGAAAUUGUCUGUACCACUAUAACCUGUCCUCCCUUGACUGCUCCUGUCAAUGGCUCUGUGACAUACAGUAGUUCUACUUCUGAUGAAAACGACAACUAUAAUUUGAAUGCCAUGGCUAACUACAGUUGUGACACUGGGUUUGCUGUAGUUGGUAACAAAACAAAGACUUGCACUGGAGAUGGUAGCAGCACUACUGGUGUUUUUAAUGGAGAAGCAGCAUUUUGUGAACCUAUAACCUGUCCUCCCUUGACUGCUCCUACCAAUGGCUUUGUGACAUACAGUAGUUUUACUUCUGAUGAAAACGGCAAUUAUGCUUUCAAUGCCAUGGCUAACCACAGUUGUGACACUGGGUUUGUUGUAGUUCGUAACAACACAAGGACUUGCACUGGAGAUGGUAGCAGCACUACCGGUGUUUUUGAUGGAGAAGCAGUAGUUUGUGAACCUAUAAUCUGUCCUCCCUUGACUGUUCCUACCAAUGGCUUUGUGACAUACAGUAGUUCUACUUCUGAUGAGAACGGCAACUAUGCUUUCAAUGCCAUGGCUAACCACAGUUGUGACACUGGGUUUGUUCUGGUUGGUAACAACACAAGGACUUGCACUGGAGAUGGUAGCAGCACUACUGGUGUUUUUGAUGGAGAAGCAGUAGUUUGUGAACCUAUAAUCUGUCCUCCCUUGACUGUUCCUACCAAUGGCUUUGUGACAUACAGUAGUUCUACUUCUGAUGAGAACGGCAACUAUGCUUUCAAUGCCAUGGCUAACCACAGUUGUGACACUGGGUUUGUUCUGGUUGGUAACAACACAAGGACUUGCACUGGAGAUGGUAGCAGCACUACUGGUGUUUUUGAUGGAGAAGCAGCAAUUUGUGUGGCAAUAACUGGUGCAGUGAAUGUUGCUGCUCUAUCUGGAGGUUUUGUUGCUCUAGUGGUGGUACUGAUCUUACUGGUCGUCAUAUUUCUCUUAGUAGUCACUAUCACAAAGGAAAAAAAAAGCAAUGAAGUUCCAAUAACCCCAGCUGGUCCAGCAUACGAGGAAGUUGAUCUGGCAAUGACACCAAGAACACAAGACAUUCAAGUGGAGUCUAAUGAAGCUUAUGGACAAACGGCAAAACGAAAUAUUAAGUUGCAGUCAAAUCAGGCAUAUGAAGAAAUAAAUAUAAACACAAGUACCUAGGUUAAUACAACUGACUUGUUUUUGUAUUAAGGUCAAAUUAAUGUCAACUGCAGUUUGUUUUCAAAGUUGUUUUUGAAUGUAUCACUCUUUUAUGAUAUUAUAGCAGCUGCUAAAUAAGCAAUUUAUCACUAUCCUCAGGCGGAUUAGUCAAUAGACAAUUCUGUAUAAUUAAUAUUGACGA